AAGAAGCAGCAGAGAUGUUAAUUCUCCAGCUCCCGUCAACUGUCAGCUGAGCCAGUGGUCAGAAUGGACUGAUUGCUUUCCUUGCCAAGGGAAAAAACACCGGUACCGGAGGCUGGUGCAGCCGGCGGGGUUCUCGGGGCAACCAUGUGCUGGGCACCUCUGGGAUGAGCAAGCUUGCCGUGCCGAGACGACAUGCACUGGGCACCCCAGCUGCGGGAAGGACUUUCAGUGCGAGGAAACAGGUCGUUGUAUUAAACAGCAUCUUGUGUGCAAUGGAGAGCCAGACUGCAGAGAUGGGUCUGAUGAGGAUAACUGUAAGGGUGAAGAAAUUGAAAGCCCUUGUGAGCAUCUGUUUCCAAUCCCAGGGUCUGAAAAAGCAGCUCAAGGAUACAAUAUCCUAACACAGGAAGAGAGCCAGUAUGUAUAUGAUCCUAAUUUUUUUGGAGGCCACUGUGAGUACGUGUACAACGGAGAGUGGCGGGAGCUGAAGUACGAUGCUGUGUGUGAACAUCUGUACUACGGAGACGACGAGAAGUAUUUCCGCAAACCUUACAACUUUCACAUAUACCAAUUCCUAGCUCAUGCUGAUUCUGGAUUUGCUUUUGAGUUUUAUGAUGAUUCAAAGGAUCUGCUUGAUGCCCUUAAAAGGGAUAAAUCCAGAACAAAAGGCUUUACCAUUAGAAUCGGGCUUGGAGAAUCAGUUUCCCAGCUAGACCUGGGCUUCACUUUAUCAAACGGCAAAGGAUCCCUGAAGAACUUCACACAAUACACUACAAAGGAGGUUGGAUUCGUUAGAGGUGUGACGAAGGUGCAGACAGCCCGUUUCAAGAUGAGAAGGGACAAUAUUGUUUUGGAUGAAGAUGUGCUGCUCUCCCUGCAGGAGCUUCCUGACACCUACAACUAUGGCAUGUAUGCCAAAUUUAUCAACGACUAUGGCACCCAUUUCAUAACGUCUGGCACUAUGGGAGGUGUCUUUGAGUACAUCCUUGUCAUUAACAAGGAGGAAAUGAGAAGAAAAGACAUCAGUGCUGAAGAAAUAAGUGCCUGUAUUGGCUGGUCAAUCGGCCUUACGGCCAGUGAGACUAAACUGCAGUUGGAAGCGUCUGUGUCAUCCUCUGACUGUGCAAAGAAAGGAUUUCUGAAAACUGAUUCUGAGAGCAACAGUGCAGUUGUGGAAGAUAUUAUUCCCCGGAUUAGAGGUGGAGAUACCAGUUACAGCGGAGGGCUCUUAAAUAGUUGGGAUGGCACCAUGUAUCGUCACUGGGGAAGGUCAUUAAAAUAUAAUCCUGCUGUUAUUGAUUUUGAGCUGCAGCCCAUCCACGAAAUUCUCCGUAGUAGCAACCUUGGCAACAUGGAAACGAAACGGCAAAAUCUGAAACGGGCUUUGGACGAUUACUUGUUGGAGUUCAACGCCUGCCGCUGUGGACCGUGCCAGAACAAUGGUGAACCCGUUUUGGUGGGAGACACGUGUUUCUGCCAAUGUCAACCAGGUUAUGGAGGUCCUGCCUGUGAGCAGACUGAGCACCGAGGCAGCAAGACGAAUGGGCGCUGGAGCUGCUGGUCAGGCUGGGCCCCCUGCCAGUCGGGCCCGGCCCGGCGCAGCCGGCACUUCAACAACCCAUCCCCACAGAACGGUGGGGAGCCCUGUGCUGGCAGGGACCUGCAGAGCAAAGCCUGCUGA